AUGCUGCUCUCGGCCGGCGCCGACCUGACCAACCCAUCGGCGGUGGCGACGGGUCGUCCGCGUUCGAGGUCUGACCUGGCGGCUCCCUCCAUGGCCAAGGACAGCGAUGCCGAUGCCGAGCAGGCUAGCAAGCAGAGCAAGGUCACACUGGGUGGACUCACCGACGCGGCACGAGCGGGCUGGAUCCAGAAGCGAGGCAAGAACCGCAAGGCGUGGAAGACGCGCUAUUUCGUGCUCAGCGGGAUAACUCUCUACUACUUCAAGAAAGCCAACAUGGACUCGGUGCCCGUGGGGUCGAUCCAGCUCGACGGCGCCAAGAUCUUCUCCAUCCAAGGCCCGAAGAAGGGCCACCAGUUCUGUCUGGGCCUCUACGCCCGCACGCGUUAUUAUCUGCUGUCGGCUCGUGACGAGCCAGACCGCGUGGCUUGGCUGGCCGCCAUCAAGACCGUAUCCGGCGCGCCCAUCACCUCAGUGGACUUGAACGACGACUCCGACCCGGACUCGGACGAGGCCCAGCCCGCCGCGCCCGCCAACUGGGUCUCGGGCCAGGUGCAAGAGAGAAGAACACGUUUCCCCUCCGUGUCGGGCUCGAACAUCCCUGUCACCACGGCCGACAAGCGGAGGACCCAGCGAACGCAGUCCAUGCGUCCGCGUAACUCCCUCCCCGUUUCCAAGAGGGCCACGGUCGCCUUCGAUCAGGGCGUCACGUUCCACGACGAGAAGAUUCUGGUGGCGGACCUGCGUGAGAAUGCGAAGGAGGGCUACCUCCUGCGACAGGAGGGCAAGAUGCGCAAGACGUGGCGCUCCCGCUUCGUGAUCCUGGCCGGCGAUGUCCUCUACAUCUUCGGCUCCUCUCAGGCUGAGGAGAAGGUGGUGGACUCUAUUCAGCUGAGCAACUGCAGCAUCUACGCGGUCACCGGGGCGAUCAAGGGCCGCGAGCACUGCAUCGACAUCUACCGGUCGCAGCCCUCCAAGCACUAUCUCUUCGGUGCCGACGACGAGAAGGACCGGCACGCGUGGAUCAGUGCCAUCAAGCACGCGCGGGGCGACAAGGUGCUGGGCGAGACGCCCGAGCAGGAACUGGUCCGCAGAGAGCGCGAGACGGCGUCGAAGCUCACGGCCACGCUCAACUGGAUGCACCAGCUCAUCAGGGAGGACCAGGUGCAGGACGUGCUGAAGCUGCUGCAGGACGCCGACAAGGAGACGCCGGGCGUCGAGCGCGAAGACGACAUCACCAGCCGCGACCUCGUACGGUCCCGCGAGCCGCAGGCGGGCCACACCCUGCUGCACGUCGCCGCCGCGCACGGCCAGCUGCGGCUGGUCAAGGAGCUGGUAGAGGUCUACCGGGCCGACAUCAACAAGCCCGACAAGCAGAGCUGGAGCCCGCUCCACACCGCGGCCCACCACUCGCAGAUCGACGUGUUCGAGUACCUCGUCGACCGCGGCGCCUCGCUCUACACCACCACGGCCAACGGGUCGUCGCCCCUGCACUACCUCGUCCGGUUCACCCGCUCCUCGCCGCGCGGCCGGGCCACGCACGCGGAGGCCCAGGACGUCGAGGACCGGCUGCUGGAGGUGGUGCAGAAGACGAUCGACCUGGGUGCCGACAUCAAUGCCACCAAUCGUGGCGGCGAUACUCCCCUCCAUCUCGCAGCUGCGCGACCCUACUUCCGAUUGAUCAAGCUCCUAUUGGAGAACAAGGCCAACGUUUCCCUGCGCAACCAGCGCGGGGAAUCGCCGGUGGACCUGGCGGUCAAGGAGGGCCACGAGGAGAUCGUCGCCCUCAUGCGCGCCUACGAGCUCGUCGCCAACGACCCCACAUUUGCCCGUGAACUCAACUCGCCGCCGCCAUCGCACCCGGCGCGAUCGCAGCAGCGGGCGAUGAGCCUCCGGGAGGAGAUGCAGCGCGACACGGUGAGCGCGGCGCUCCAAACGACGAGCGUCGUGGAGGGAGGCGCUGACCAGGAGGCUGAGCCACCGAGCGGCGGCGACGCCGAGUCGUUGGUCCCGGAGAAGGAGAUCACGGGCGAGAGCGACGACGACGACUCGUCGGACCAGGAUACCGACGACCUCGGCACUCAGGAGUCCGCGUCUGAGCCGGUCACACCUCGAGGACCAGACCAACCGGCGACAGAGGCGCGGCCGGAGGACACGUCGCACCUCGACGGCGAGGCCCAAGGCCCGCGGCUGGAAGGGGUCGAGGCUGAGUCAGCGGGCGUCGAGGAGAAGCAGAGCUCAGAUGGUGAGCCAGCGGCGGAUGCGCCCGCCGCCGGUGAGGUGGCGCCGACGGCGAGCUCGGCCGGACAGCGGGAACGGUCGGGCGGCUCGUUCCUGGUGAAGAGUGCACGGCCCAACCCGACGGGUCGACCGUCGCUGAUGAUCGGCGGCCGAGCCAACAGCGCCCUCGACGUUCGGUUGAAGCUGCAGAGCGGAAGCGACGAAGCUGUUGACAGCGGCGGCGGUGGCACGACUUUGGCUUCAGCGCCAUCAGAGUCAAAGCCAACGCAGCGCGCGAAGGCCAUGAGCAAGCCGCUGCCUCCGCCGCCGCAGGCCGAGGAGGGCGGUGGCGACGGGCCGUUCACGAGGUCCAAGCCCCUCCCGGCGCCACCCUCUCAGUCCUCCGAGUCUCUCGGCGUGCCGUCUUCCGCGCCUCAGCUGCGACGAGUCACCGAUGACGAGGCCGCGGCCCUGAGCCAGCAGCAGAUCACGCUGGGCGAGUUGAGCGCCAACAAGUCGAACCUGUUCACGGGCUCGCUCAAGUCGCUGAGCAGCGUACGCAAGGUGUGGAAGCGCUACCACGCCGUGCUCGCCGACUCAAGCCUCUACCUCUACGAUUCCAACGCCGGGUCGGAGCGAGUGAGCAAGUUGAUGGACGUGCGGAAAUGCCAGGUGCUGGAGACGCCAGAGACGAAGAAAGAGCGGUGGUGCUUCGACGUCUGCAACCACGAGUCCAAGGAGCACUGGCUCUUGGCGACCGAGACCGAGGCUGAGAAGAACCAGGUCACCUGUGUACUCAUCACCACCUCGCUCUUGGUGUCCUCGCGGUGA